AUGGGCAACUCCCUAUCGAGCAAAGCCAAAGACGAGACCCACCGCUCCAACCGCCUUUCAAAGCCCCUGACGAAGAAGUUCAAUGCCAGUCAAAGUGCCCAACGCCCCGAAACAGAUCAUCCAACGAUCAAUGCAGGACUGAUAGGGUGGCAAAACCCUUGGGUUGGCAAAAAUCUCCCCAGCACCUCUGUGGAAAAAAGGGGUAGUCAUCCCAAGAAGGCAGAGAUCCCACCUACCCUUUUUGAAACAGAGUCGCCCGAAGAGACCCCGACUGAGGAGCGAACUUUUGUUGAUCAGAGUCCCACGCAGCGUCGUCCAACCCGCCCAAGCCUGUUGAGCACAACCUCUUCGAGAAGAACAUCGUACCAGUCGGAUACUUGGGAAUCAGCUUCCCAAUGCUCGCCUCUUCAUGAACAUCCACCAAAACGGGCCAGUUCGACUCGAGUUCCCCUACAGAGACACAAUAGCGCUGUCUAUGAAAAGCACAUUGGGGAUGCGACCUCUUCCAACACCCACUUCUUGGUUGGCAACCAACGGUUCUCACUAACACGUCGACGAUCGCUCCUGACACGACCCGGGGUUGCCACAAGACGCACAACAGGCGCAAUUCGACGUGUCCCAUCACCCAUUGGAGAACCUGAAAACCCGAUCGAGGACCCGACUGAGUCAACCGUUUUGCAAUGGCCAUUGCCUUCCACCCAAAGACCGAUGCGUCAGCCAUCCCCAGUGCGGCCAGCGAGUCCGAUGGAUGCCCGAUAUACCCAGCUCGGGGCACUCAAACUCGGGUCCUUGCGAGUGGUAAAUGGCUCGGCCUCCCCAUGUCCGAGCGAACGUAUCCCUUUGGAAGGUUCUGGGCUUGGUCUUGAGAACAUAGAGGUUAUUGGGCCUAGCAGGGGGUCGACGCUGGAGAUUCCAUCCUUGCCCGACUUGAAGAAAUCGGACGAUGUUCCGGACAGUCCAUUCUCUUUCGAAAAGUCUCCCACCAUCACAGUCCAGCCUCGGAGAAAAUCAUUGUUUCCUGGGGAUCCAGAAGACGAAGGAAUUGUCCUCUGCGACGAUACUAGAAUCCAAUUGGAGAAAGGUGUUUUGGACGUUGGUCUUUCCCGGAGCACGUCUCAAUCCCUCAACAAGUCCGACAGUGGCUACAGCUCUGCCACCUCAGUCCACUCCGUACAGCGGAGCCGGACUCAGAGUUCUGCUGGCUCACAGACGUCUGGCUCAUGUGGUGCAGACAGCUCAAAGAACGUCCAUAUCCCGAAAGACUCGGCUUCAUAUCGAUCAGGCGAUAAAGUGCAGCGUCCCCUGAGCCUGCAGACAAAACCGGACGAUGACUCAAGGCUCAAUCCAACCCCUACUCGCUGGUACGAUUCGACCGACCCAACACCCCUCGUCCCGUCACGAUCGCGUCGGUCAACGUUGUGUGCGCCCCGAUACACGGAGUAUUCUUCGCCGCGCGAAUCUAUCUUCGGGGUCAGAUCCACCGCCGUGGUCUCUAUUCCACACCAGAGCCAACAAGGCUUUAGCAGGGGGCCUUUGUAUGGGGAUCGAUUGUCCUUGAGCUCGUCUGAUCUUGCUUCUACUACAGGGUCUGCUACAAGUGGAGAAUCACAACUCGGUCACCAUCAGCCAACUACCGAAACCAAGGAGCGACUUCGCAAGUCCGUCUCUGAGUAUCAUAUUCAUGAAGAGUACAAUACACAACAACUAUCCCGAUCCAGAAGUCGCAUUUGGAGCAAUAAACCAGGCGUUGAAGUUCCUCCGCUGCCCACUAUGACGUCUCCAGGUUACUUGCAGGAUGGCCUUGACCUUGAUGCUGAGUUGGCCUCUGAGCCGAUGCGAGGCCGGUCUCGAAGCCGGAACGAUGACUACCACCGCCGUCGGUUGACGAAGGUCCGUCACCAGACGGAUGUGUGCAUAUAA